AUGUUUUCACGCGCCGGACGUCCCUUAACACUUGCAUUACGACGGGAAGACCCCGCUCGUAUUUGGGAAAGACGGACCCCGUUAACUCCUGACGCUGUUCAAAGACUUGUAUCUGAGCAAGGCGUACAAGUGCUGGUCCAGCCAUGCGACAGAAGAGUCUUCAGAGACUAUGAAUACGCACAGGCGGGAGCGACAAUCGCAACCGAUAUUUCUCAAGCACAUAUUCACCUCGGCAUCAAAGAGACACCUCUACCUGAAGUCAUCGCAUCCGCAGUCAACAAUGUACCCAAGACCCAUUUGAUGUUUAGCCACACAGCCAAAGGCCAGAGUUAUAAUACUCCCUUAUUGGAAAAGUACAUCUCGAAGGACUAUCCUAAUGCUUCAAACUCAAACCUAGCACGGUUAAUUGAUUAUGAAUAUCUAACGGACGAGGAAGGGAAACGGACGGUUGGCUUUGGCUGGUUUGCAGGAGUGGCUGGUGUUCUCGAGUCGUUAUCAGCCAUGGCCCAUUCGCAUCUUGAGAUUGGAGUUGCUUCUCCUUUCUUGUAUACUCCGCGACCUCACACUCUACCCUCUCUUGACCGCCUACGCGCCGCUCUUCACGAAAUCGGCAAACGGAUUGCUACCGAAGGGACUCCCAAACAACUGGGACCCUUCAUCAUCGGACUGACUGGCACCGGCAAUGUAACACAAGGAUGCUUAUCCAUCCUCGAGGAACUACCAAUCGAGCUCAUCUCUGUCAAGAAUCUCGCUCCUCUUGUGAACCAACAGGAUGCAGACUUACGGAAGAUUUAUCUUGUUCAUGCCAAACCGCAAGAUUACUUGCAAUCUCUGGACGGUCAAUCUUACGACCGUUCACACUACUACCAGAAUCCUGAAAAGUACCGUUCAACAUUCGCCACAAACGUUGCCCCAUAUCUUACUCUCUUCCUCAAUGGCGUUGGUUGGGCGCCAUCAUAUCCUCGUCUCAUGAGCAAUACCGACCUUGUUGAUGCUCUCUCCCGAGCACAGGCCAUAGGAGGCGCGCGCUUCACUAAUGUUGGCGAUAUCAGUUGCGACCCAGAGGGUGGUCUCGAAUUCCUCACCCGUUCCAGCACUCUCUCUGAGCCCUUCUACAAGACACGACCCAACACGCUGCCUAAUGACCUUCCUUCAGUCCAGAUGAUGGCCGUGGAUAUCCUUCCCGCCUCUAUCCCUUAUGAUGCCUCGCAACAUUUUUCCAAGGCAUUGUCACCAUAUCUGGACGCCCUGAUUACCCACUAUCAAACCGGUGCGCCGCUUAGUCUGGAACUGCAGCGAGCCACAAUCGCAUCCAAUGGUCGUCUUGCGCCGCAGCAUGAAUGGCUAUGGGAAGCCAACCUCUCGCCAUACCGCGCGCAGAGAAACGAGGCCUCGUCAUCAUCUGCUGUGCCAGAGACCAUUAUACGGAAACAAAAGGUUCUUUUGCUCGGGAGUGGGAUGGUUGCCGGUCCUGUCGUAGAAACCUUGUCGCAGAGGCGGGAUAUCGAGUUGGUAAUCGCAAGCAACUCUGCUCAACAAAUGCACUCCUUAGUUGGCAAUCAUACACAUAUCAAGACUGAACUUUGUGACACAGAAAAUAAGGCUCUGUUCGGAAGGUUAAUUGCAGAGGCCGACCUUGUCAUUAGUUUAUUACCAGCCGGUCUGCAUGCUGAAAUUGCCGAGAUGUGUGUUGAGCACCGAAAACAUUUGGUAACAGCUUCCUACAUCUCGCCCGCCAUGCAGUCUCUGCAUCAGAAAGCGCUUGACGCGGACGUGCUUCUCCUCAACGAGAUCGGCCUUGAUCCCGGAAUCGACCAUUGCUCUGCUAUCUCAUUAGUUUCGCAACUCCAAAGCCAAGGAAAACAGAUCAGGUCCUUCAUUUCCUUCUGUGGAGGGUUACCCGCGCCAGACGUCCCCAUCGUUCCCUUACGGUACAAGUUCAGCUGGAGUCCGCGUGGUGUCUUGACUGCUGCGCUUAACGGAGCCCGGUAUGUGUUGCAAAAUAAGAUCACAACGAUCAAAGAGAAAGAGCUACUGCCGAACUACUUCCCUUCGCUCCCAAUCACUAAUGAGUUCGCGCUGGAGGGGCUACCCAAUCGAGACUCGUUGUCUUAUCUCGAUACGUACAAUCUCGGACAAACUGGAAAACCUAACGGAAUUCAAACCGUACUGCGAGGAACCUUGAGAUAUGCUGGUUUUUCAAAAUUGAUGGAGUCAUUCCGCGUCCUUGGAUUCCUCGAGAUGAACAAAACCAUUCGACUCAAAUCGUGGUCUUCGUUCCUUCCGCAAUGUCUUUCUUUACAAUUUCCCGUUGGCCGCGAUGCAUGGACUGCGGUACAACAAGCAAUCCCGAAUGAAGAAGAGCAAGCCGCACUACGUGACGCUCUCGAAUGGCUAUGUUUGCUUCCUUCAGCCCACUCCCGCCCAUUGCCCAAGGUCUUGUCUGGGGACCACGCGCCGCUUGACCUCUUCGCCCACCUCCUCUCCUCGACGUUGAAUUAUCUUCCCGGCGAGCGCGACAUGGUGAUUUUGGAGCAUCAGGUAGUGGCCCAUACGCCGGGCAGAGCAAACUCGGACGAGGUCCAUCGUUCCUCGUUGAUUGCCUUUGGAAACGAUCGCGCGACAGCUAUGGCCCAGACUGUGGGCCUUCCCGUCGCCAUCGCAGCAUUGAAUGUCCUGGAUGGUAAGGUCACAGUCCGGGGUGUUGCCGGGCCCACUGAUGCGAGCGUUUACAAACCCGUGCUGGCGGGCAUGGAAGAGUUUGGACUGGGCAUGAAGGAGAGCGUUGUCGGAGUGUCGGAGUCCAUCGAGAGCAGACUGGUUUGA